AUGUCGAGCAUCGCACCAGAGCAAGGCUCCUCUAUGCACAAGAUCGCCCGCAACGGGUUCGACUCUUCCGGCGAUUCUGGUCUCUACGAUCGUGCGCGACCGUCCUACCCUCCUGCGGCCAUCUCGACGAUCAUUGCGGAAGCGACGAACACCGGCUCGCCUUCGCCGCUGCGCAUCGUGGAGCUGGGUGCGGGAACAGGGAUCGCCACGCGGAUGCUGCUCGCGACUGCCACCGCGACGUCGUCGGACGGCACCCCUCCACCGGGCAUCGCUUCGCUUGCCGCCAUCGAACCGUCCGCAGGGAUGCGCUCGCACUUCGACUCGGCCAUCGCGUCCGGCGCCGGAUCGCUCAAGCAGCAGAUGCAGGACAAGGGCCUGCUCUCCCCCUCGACCAGCAUCACCAUCGAAGACGGCGCAUUUGAAUCGUUCGAUGCUGGAUCGGGCAGCGAUGCUGUUGUGGUGGCCCAGGCGUGGCACUGGUGUCAGGACUGGGAUGCUGCACUGCAACAGGUCGCUCAUGCUCUCCGAAAGGAAGGAACGCUGAAUCUCAUCUGGAACCUCGAAGACCGGGAAGCAGCGCCGUGGGUUGGCCAGAUUCGAGACCUGUACGAGCAGUACGAAGACAACACACCGCAGUACCGCCAUAUGUACUGGCACGCCAUGUACAAGGCACCCACCCUGGCGAGCUACUUCCAGGCCGACGAACCAAGGCAAUACCACCGCACCAUCCCAACGACUUUACAGGGCGUGGUGGAUAGGGUGCUCUCCAAAUCGUACAUCAGCGUCCUGCCCAAGGACAAGCAGGACGAACUGGUCAAGCAGAUCGAAGACUACCUCAACACCACCUCGGACGCACAGCUAGGCAGGAGGUGGAUCGACAAGGAGCAGGGCAUUUGGGAGUACCCCUACCGCACGGAUCUGUUCAUCUUCCGCCGUGUAUGA